GAAGAAGCAAAUCAGACAUGGUUCCAUCGUGUAUGUUCUGUUUAAUUGCGCAUGGCUAUGACAAAAAACCGGAAAUCGUCCAAAAGAAUAAUGAGCUGGUGUGUUUCCGGGAUAUUAACCCUGCUGCCCCUCAUCACUACCUGGUUAUUCCCAAAGAGCACAUAUGGAGCUGUUUCUCAAUGCACAGAGGACACAUCGACCUCGUUGAAAGGAUGGUUGAAAUGGGGAAAGCUGUGCUGCGCGACCAAGGGAUCACUGAAAUGAAGGACAUAAGGCUGGGGUUCCACCAACCUCCCUAUAUCUCUGUAAAUCAUCUCCACCUCCAUGUGAUCGCCCCCGCCAGCCAAAUCUCAAAGUCCCUGGAGUAUAAAUUCAUUCCAGAGACAGACAGUUUUGUCACCGUGAGUGCUGAGGAUUUUCCUUAUUAAUUCUUUUAUACAAAUGACAUUAAAGGUACUAUAGUAUUAUCUUUGCAAAGGCUUUGACAUUUUUUAUGACAAUGUAGAAAUUCAAAGUCAUUCUUCUGUUGGUGCCAACAAGCUAAACAUCAUGUUAAUGUGAUAAAGUGACUUCCUUGUGCAUCUUACUUUCAUCUUGACAGUGU